AUGGAUAUAGAAGAAUUCCGCAAAAGGGGUUAUGAAACAGUUGACCAAAUUUGUAAAUAUUACAAGGAACUUGACAAUUAUAAUGUUUUGCCAAAUGUUGAACCUGGAUACCUCAAGAAACUUCUUCCGGAAGAGGCACCUGAAGAACCUGAAUCAUUUGACGCGAUUCAAUCGGAUAUAGAAACCAAAAUAAUUCCUGGUGCUUGUACAGAAUUGGAAACAAUUGUACUUGAUUGGGUUGGAAAGCUCAUCGGUUUGGAUAAAAGUUUUCUUAGUGAAGGACACGGUGGUGGUGUAAUUCAAGCCACUGCUAGCGAUGCUAUAUUGGUUGUUUUACUUGCGGCUAGACAACGCAUAAUUGAUAAAUAUAAAGCUAAAGGUUUAAAUGAUGAUGAUCAGCUAUAUAACAUAUCUAAUCGUCUUGUCGCAUAUGGAUCUACUGAG